AAUGUUAAAGAUAAAUGAGAAAAGGAUUUCAGAUAGUUACACUUCGAGUAUUCAUUCAAUAUAUGUACCUAACUAUGGUUCAUUUAAUGUCCUCUUCGAUAAACAUAUAACAGGUGAAACAGAUUGGAUAGUUAUCCAACAGAGAGUAGAUGGAAAAGAAAAUUUCUUUCGCGAUUGGAAUACUUACGUAGCAGGCUUUGGAUCUUUUGAGGGAGAUUUCUUUCUAGGCCUAGAGAAGAUUCAUCGACUAACGUACUCGACACGCUAUCAACUCAAGAUUCGCAUGGAAGACUUCGAUGGGAUUAUACGAUAUGUUAGCUACGAUAAUUUUAAAGUUGACGGCAAGAAAACAGAUUAUACAUUGAGCAGUUUGGGUCAAUAUUUUGGCGAUAAAGACGAUCAUUUCGCACGCGACAAUUUACGAUGGCAUGAAGGCAUGAAAUUCUCAACGUUCGACAACGAGAAUGAUUUGUUGAGUCAAUAUUGUGCAAAGGUUCAUCGUGGAGGAUGGUGGUACAAUCGUUGCGCAUCUAGCAAUUUGAAUGGACAAUUCUCAGUGACGGACGGCAGCAAAUCCGCACAAAUGUAUUGGGCGGACUGUUUGCCUCUCAAGAGUGUUCAAAUGAUGAUACGAAAAUAUUAACCAGUGCGGACAAAUAAAUUGCUCAGCUGUCUAACGCACUUUCCGUUUCUAUCACAAAAAAGGUCAGCAUGCUAACACUGGGCGUAUACGUGAUACGCUGAUUAUGAACAUUCAACCGAUGACGUAUGCCUGGCAGAUUACUUCAUUGUCAUCACUACAAUAAAUAAAAUUAUAAUCGAGAGUAAGAUUAAGAAUAAAAAUCUUCU